GUGUGUGUGUGUGUGUGUGUGUGUGUGCGUGUAGUUUCCUGAAUCCGAGUAUCCUUACCAGAACGCUACCUGAAUGUCAGCGGAUUCCAAAUCUCAGUCGACGUGUUAUUUUGUCAAUAAGGAUUUCUCAAGUGAACACAAAGAGCAGACCACUAGUAAUAUUUCAAGAGUGAACAGCACACAUGGCAAACACGUCAAAAAGUGAAGUUGACAAAGACCUCUCACUUAAAGAAAUAUACUUGAAAAAUGAGCUACCGGUGUCCUUAGAAGAGUUUCAAGGCAUUACUGACUUACCAGGCAUGGAUGACUCAGAUUCCAUACCUGUAUAUAAUGACAGCACAGAUGACAACCAGUUAGAUCAAGUAGCCAUUAGUAAGAGAAAGAAAUCAAAGGAUAGUUGUAAAUCAACAGAUGAGAAUAUUGCAGUAUUAUGCCCCAUAUGUAAGAGAAUGUACAAAACUAGAGUCAGUCUUACUUCACAUCUUCGAAAAACACACAACUUUUAUAAAUCAAAUCGAAAUAAGAUGCCAUGUCUAGAGACUGGAUGCAACUUCCGGACUAAUCGCAUUGUUAGGCUCAUCACUCACCUAAUACGUACACACAAACUGAAGUUCCAGUGUGAGAAAGUGACAUUUCAGCAAAAGGAAGAUUUCUUUAAAUGGAAGGAAGAAACUGAGGAGAGAUGCAAGUCAUCUUAUGCAUCUCGCACAUCAGUCAAGAGGAUGGUCUCUGGGGAUGAGAGAGUGUUUUACAUAUGUCGUCGAAGUGGCUAUGCAACAUCGCAAGAUUCAGAGAAAGCUGAUCCCCAGAGGGCUAAGAAAGGCAGUAUGAAGAUAAAUGGGAUGUGUACAUCUUUUAUGGAGGUCACAUUUUUGAGAGAAGGAGGAGCUACAGUCUACUUUUGCAAAACUCAUUAUGGGCAUGAAGAUGAUGGCUUUCACCAGCGAAUGAACAGUAAAGAGAAAACUAUGAUUACAGAUUUAAUUAGAUCAGGUUACACUAUUUUCCAAAUAAUUGAAAUUAUGAAGACAAAAAUGCCACUUCAUCGGCAUCAGGUUUUGAAACAGAAUAAUAUAAGGCAUUUAGCUGCUAAGCAGAAUCUCUUCAUUACCAGAAGCUACCGUAAAGGAUCUGUGAAAAAAUUACCAGGAAAGUUUUCUGCUAUGUCAGAUGUUCCUUCAAUUAGUCUUCAGGUUGAGAAUGAAACAGAAAUAGAGGCUGAAAUUCCUGAGACUGUUAGCUCUAAUGUGACUGUUGUGGAUGUACAAGAUAUAAAGACAGAGGAAGCUUCUAAAUCCCAGCCAGAAAUUGAAAUGCAUGGGUCUGUUGAUGAAUUGGAGAAAUUAAGGAAUGAAAUUCAAAUGAAAAUAGAAAGAAUAUCAAGAUUAACUGUAGGAUUAGUUUCAGAAAAUGCACUAAGACAGUUGUGUGAUAAUUUAGAUGAUGUGACAAAAAUGCUUGAAACUGAAAAACAUAUUGAAGUUAUAUCUGAAAACUGUGAAUGUAUAUGUGACGAUCAGCAGAAUGUGAUUCUCCAUGAGGAUGUUGGUGGAAACUCUGUAUUACUUUAUUGCUCUGAUAAAAAUAUUGAAGAUUUAGUGCAGGAGGACAUAUUGUAGGAAAAUAAAGUGGAAAGUAUUUAUAUUCAUUGUGAUUUACAGACCUUUGUUUUUGAGAUCAUGUACAUGUACCAAAACAGGCCAUAAAUUAUACUGCAAACUUUGAAAGCCAUCUUAUGAAUCAUAUAUAGAUAGAAGAGAGUGAUUUAACAUAAAAGUAUGACUCCUUUUAAAGUUCAUUAAUCCCUUUUAAUGUGAUUUGCAAGUUUCCAGUUAUAUGAUUGGAGUUGUGUAUUAUUUCUGUGAAUAAAGUGAUAUUUAUU